AUGCACGGCGAAAAAGGGUUGCAGACAAUGAGAUGCAGGUCGCGUAAUCUGCAGGCGCGUCGCAGGAGGUGGCCUUUACGAUUGGGCCUCUUACUGAUUUACGUCCUCGUGCAGUAUGUCUCCUCCACGAAAGUUCCUUCUUCGACUGAGACAGUAAUGCCGUCAUCGAGUUCUAUAAAGUGGACAUCGGAGCCACCGGUAUCUCAGAUCAUCUCUACCGAGGGGGAAGAACCGAUAGAGGAGGUGUCGACGGUCGCUGUGGAAGAACCGAGGAAAACGGGCCAUGCUGAGGGAUCGAAAACCGAAACGUCGAAGGCUCAUGGACGCGCGAAAGCUGAGACGGACGUGAGAGAUCUGUCUAAGGUAACCAAGAUCAAAGAAACCACGAAAAAGGAAACCGAAACGCUACCGCCGAAACAUGAUCAAAACAGCACCACUACGGUUACCCCAACCAUCCAAAUGACUACGAGGUACCCGUACCCCACGGUGAGACCACGAAGGACCAACUGUUCAGCGCCCGCUAUAGAGCAGUUUCCACGACCGAUAAUGGGCCCCGAAGCCAGGAAACACGGCGGGCUCAUAAUACACAUUCUGGCUGCUAUCUACACGUUCCUAGGCCUCGCAAUUGUCUGCGAUGAUUACUUCGUUUCGAGCCUGGAUAGGAUCUGCGAAGAACUGAGACUGUCUCCCGAUGUUGCUGGUGCCACUUUCAUGGCGGCAGGCUCUUCUGCGCCCGAACUGGCGACAGUUAUCAUCGGUGUGUUCUUCGCCAAGGACGACAUUGGAGUCAGCGGCGUUAUUGGCAGCGCUGUUUUCAAUAUAAUGUUCGUUAUAUCGAUUUGCGGCCUAUGCUCCGCGACGGCCUCAAAGUUGAAUUGGUGGCCUCUCUGUCGAGACUGUUUUUUCUACGCCAUUUCGAUCCUCGUGAUGCUCGGUACGAUUUACAACGAGUCUAUAUCCUGGAUGGAAUCCCUCUUCAUGUUAAUCAUGUACGCAGUCUAUUGCGUGGCGCUUUCGUUCAAUGCUAAAUUGGAACGUUGGGCGAAAUCGUACAAUAUUCCAUUCCUGCCGAAAGACGAUGAACCCGCUGAGGAAAGCGCUCUGGUGAGCUACAGAUCCUUACAGGAGGACCGAUUAUCCUACACUGGUCCUAACUCGCCGGUCACCGAGCAAAUGAAGAAUCAAGAAGGAAAUGGCAUUCAAGAAACGAUUGAGCAACAGCAGCAGCAACAGCAGCAGCAACAGCAGCAGCAACAGCAGCAGCAACAGCAGCAGCAGCAACAGCAGCCGCCGCCAGUACCGAGGCAGCCCGAAUAUUACAAAGCAAAGGAACCCGAUCCUAACGAAGUAUCGCCGCUCGUGAUGCCGACGGAUGGUAGCAAGUGGACUUUGUUUACUUGGGGCCUCGUGUAUCCUAUUCACUUCAUGUGUCGGGCGACAAUGCCAGAUUGCCGGCAAGAAAAGUGGCGGAGCUGGUACCCCUUCACGUUUUGUAUAUCAAUGAUCUGGAUCAGUUUCUACAGCUACAUAAUGGUGUGGAUGAUCACGAUCAUAGGCAGUACUCUGGGCAUUCCCGAUACCGUGAUGGGGUUGACUUUCGUUGCCGCUGGUGUGAGUGUACCGGACGCCCUUUCCUCACUGGCGGUCAUUAAGGAAGGUCUUGGUGACAUGGCGGUCAGUAACGCCGUAGGCAGCAAUGUUUUCGACAUCCUGGUAUGCCUCGGUCUUCCGUGGUUCAUACAGACCGCUAUGAUACAGCCCGGCUCGCACGUUAAUGUCACCAGCAGAGGUUUGACAUAUUCCACCGUUUCUCUACUAUCGACGGUGUUAUUCCUUGUACUGGCGACACACCUGAAUGGCUGGAAGUUAGACCGACGAUACGGCGUGGUUCUGAUGGUCUGGUACUUAAUAUUUAUCGUGUUCGCGUCACUCUACGAGCUCAACGUCUUCGGCGAGAUGAAUCCGCCAGUAUGCCCUAGCAAGUUCUAAUGCAAAGACGCCUCGUUCAUUUCCGACCUUUGCUUUGCUCAAACGCGGAACGAUCGUCCGGAGCAAGAAUCGUCGUCCCGGCCGAUUGGCCCGCGAACGAUGACGCACGGUCGUAGAUCAUCGUAAACGCUCAGCGACCUCGUUCGAA